CUCCGUUUUUAAAUCGUUUAAUUGUAUCUACGUUGUACGUUUUAACCGUUAACAGUGAUAUUUUUAACUCGUAGUUGUUGUCAGUUGUGACUAGUGUUAAUUAUAAUCUGUAUUAUUUACGUAAUUAAGCGUCGCGAGUGCUUUUAAGGCGAUAAAUUUCGCGAUAUUCCUCCCUUUUGUCCCUUUAUGGGCGAGGGGGAUGAGUGAUCUUUUCGCUAUCUGAAAAGCGAUUAACACAAGUGAUUAAGUGUCAAACUCCGUCUAGUGCGACUACUAGGCGUUGAGCAUUAGUUUUUCCUGUAAAAUAAAAGUGAAUCCGGAAAAGCUAUACAGGAAAAUCGGAAGAAAAGUGGCAAUUUAAACCCCCUUUCGACCUGCAGGGACGGGCGAGGGGGUUUUCUUCAUUGUGCAGUGAUCUCCUGUUGUGUUAUCUCGUGGUCCGUAUACCCCUACGGAUAUUAGGGGCUUUUGCUGGUUUCGUCCCAUACGAAAGGAUAGUGGUGUUAGCUUAAGUGUGUCGUGUAACUGAGAGCUGCUACCGUUGAAUUGUACCGGCGGCAUUAACAGGAGUGAGUGUUAGUGCGGGAGAAUUUUUCUCUUUUGCGUUUCCCCCUCCGCCGCGUGCGUAUUUCGUGUGUGAAACUUUCGCUAGUGUGUGACCGACCCGUGGUUUUCGAGAAUAGAGCUUCUCUCCUUUUACCGGGCGGUCCGUUGUGGUGUGUGGUUUACGGCGGCCCGUAUACCUUUUCAAGGAUUACACGGGUAAUCGCACUGUGAAGAACGAUCUGGGAAGUGAACGAGGGUUGGGUGGGAGAAAAUUAUUCUCUUUCUCACGCUUCCCAUCUACGACGAACGCUAUACGUGUGUGAAACAGCCACUAGUGUGUGACCAUCAGUCGUAUUGGAGAAUCGAGUCUCUCUACCCCCACCGGGUUGUUUACAUUGGCGACUGGAUAGCGGUGGCCCGUAUACCUUUUCGGGGAUUAUACGUGGAAUCGACCAGCGAAAAACAGCCCGAAAAGUUUUCGUGCGGGAGAGGGAUUCCCUUUAACAUUCCCUCUGUGGCGUUGACAUACGGCUUUGUCACCGAAUUGUUAAAAACAAUAUAGUAGUGCGCGUUUUUACCCCGGAAGAUUCCCCUCCAAAGAGGGUUGAAAAAACUUUUGUGUUUUGAGUAAAAACAGUAGUGGAACUGGGCUGGGGUCGCCGUGAUGGCGACUGACAUGGGUGACCCACCGUCAUGGUGGGAUCAACCCGAUCCUGGAGGCAGCAUGAGAAACCAACGAGGACCAACGUUACCCAACUAUAUGGAUCCAGAAGGGAACCAUGGUGGAAUCAGGAUCCUACGGAUUCAAGGAGCAGGCGGAGCCAACGGGCAACCGCUGCCGAAUCGCCCAUUCAUCAUUCGUAAGUCCAUUCAACAAUUCGUUAAUGGCAAAAUAGAGAGCGCUUUUCCGGAGGGCCAGGGUCGUUCCUACGCCCUAAAAGUACGCAGUGCGCAACAGUACAUUAAGUUGCAAGAACUCAAAGUACUAACUGACGGAACAAAGGUGGAAGUUAUCCCGCACCCUAUCCUGAACUCCACGCGUUUCGUCGUCAGUUGUAGGGACGUCAUCCGGGACUCCGAGGAAGAAUUAGUUGAAGACCUGAAAGACCAAGGCAUCAAAGAGGUUAGGAGAAUCACCAGACGUGAGGGUGGAGGCAGGGUCAACACGGCGACCCUGAUUAUCACCUGUCAUGGCACUUAUGCUCCCGAAUAUAUCGACUUUGGAUACUUGCGUUGCCGAACCCGUCCGUACUACCCAUCGCCCAUGCAGUGCUUCAGUUGCUGGGCUUUUGGACACACGCGGAUGCGUUGUAAAGCACCAAAACCGAUUUGUGGGAAAUGCUCCGGGGAUCAUCCGAUUCCUGAGGACAGAUCGUGUCCAAAUGGCAAGUUCUGCGCCAGAUGCCAAACCGAUCAGCAUUCGCUAUCCGAUCGAUCCUGCCCGAGCUACAUCCGGGAAAACUCGAUACAAAAAAUCAAGGUAGACAGAGAUCUAUCCUACCCCGAAGCGCGUCGGCUUUUUGACCAGAGCAACGGAACAAGGACCUUUGCAGGAGUUACAUCCGCCAGCCUUGAAGGCAAGCUCGACCAAAUGAACCGGAAGAUCGAAGAACUGGCCAACCUAGUGAAGGAGAAAGACCGCACCAUUUUGCAACUGCAAGCGGCUUUGCAAAUGCAAGGUGCACCGAACACCAUCGAACAAGCAAUUCCCGCUCCAACCAAUCCUUUACCGACUGACUUCACUGCGCUGUUCCAACUGCAGAUGGAGCAGAACAACCACCUAAUGCUCCAAAUGCAGGACCGCUUCGAAAAGUCCAUCAAAGCCUUGAUGGCCACGGAAGUACAAACGCAACGAAGACUGCUUAACGUUGAAGCUUCUCUUCCGAGUACCGCUGCUACUGCACCUAAACUCGGAGACAGCCAACCAAGCGUCUCACCACCGCUUACCUCUAUCGAAACACCUGCAAACAAACCCGCAUCAGCCUCAUCCAGUCCGAAGGAUUCCUGCGACUUAUCCUUUUCGUCGGAUGCAGCCAGUGACGCAACCAUCACGCCGGACAAUAGCCCGAAUCCCGCCACGAAGGUAGACACACCUCUACCGACCUUCCUCACGCCAAAAACCCACAAGCGCCCAAUAACGGAACUGGACCACUCUCGGCGACCCCCCCGCUCAGCCCAAGUUCCCAAAAUACUUAAGCCGUGGGAAACCUCGCCAGAAUCACCGGAUAAAAAGGAUGUACCCAAAAAGAAGCGGACCUAGCAGCCUCCUCUUUUUCGUCAUCCAAUGUCCACACCACCCACGCCAUCCACCCGGACUACUCUUACGGACCACACUACAUACCACGAUACGAACACACCAAGAACAGAAACCAGCCAUCACCACCAACCGUGUCUGCGACUGGCCUCGGGUAGCCGGGGCCCCAUUGGACUGGAAGCCACACCCCAACCAGAACCUUUGGUAACCCCCCGGUGCCCAGGUCAUCC